CCCGGGGCGCCACACAUGUCGUCGCCGCCCGCCUGCCGGGCGGAUCCACAGUCACAAACCCGCGGGGGAGCACCACCCGCCGCGAUGGUUCCGUCCGCGCAGGUCCCGCCUCCUAGCCAAUCCGUGCGGCUAGGCCGUUGUGACGGGCGUGCCUCUCUGCCAAUGAGAGCGCGGGGUGGUUUCGCGGCCUGGUGCGGGGCGGCCGGGCCCAUGUGGGCGCCGCUGCGGGGGGCGCUGCGGGCGGGCGGAGCCGUCGCCUCCCGCCUCAUGGCGGCCGCCAGCCCCACGGCGGCCCGCAGCUCCGCCGCCACCGCCGGCAUCAUCGUCAUCGGCGACGAGAUCCUCAAGGGCCACACGCAGGACACGAACUCCUUCUUCAUGUGCCAACGGCUGCGCACUCUGGGCGUGAAGGUGGCCCGGAUCUCAGUGGUGCCCGACGAGGUGGAGGCCAUCGCCGCGGAGGUCGCCGCCUUCGCCGCCCGCUUCACCUACGUGCUGACCUCGGGGGGCAUCGGCCCCACGCACGACGACGUGACCUUCGAGGCCGUGGCCAGGGCGUUCGGGGAGAGCGUCACCCCGCACCCCGAGCUGGUGGCCCUGGUGCGCGAGUUCUUCGGCGCGACGGAGGCGCGGUGCCCUGAGAUGAAGCUGGCUCGCGUCCCCGAGUCCUCCCGCCUCAACUACGGCGCCGACGGCACCUUCAGGUACCCGCUGGUCAGCGUGCGCAACGUCUACAUCUUCCCCGGCAUCCCGGCGCUGAUGGAGCGCGCCCUGGACGGCCUCAACCACCUUUUCCGCAGCGAGCGGACGCAGUUUUACUCCCGCACUGUCUAUGUGGCGGCCGACGAGCUCCUCAUCGCGCCCGCGCUGGACCAGACCGACGCCGCCUUCCAGGGCCGCGUCAGCUUGGGCUCCUACCCGGACUGGGCCAGCAACUACUACCGGGUGAAGCUGACGCUGGACUCGGAGUCAGAGCAGGACCUGGAGGAAGCUCACGGCUUCUUGCUGGAGAAGCUGCCACCGGGCGUCGUGGUGCCGUUGGUGACGGAUUGCGUCUCGCCGGCAGCUGUGGAGGUUUACGGCCUGGCUGAGUCAGCAGGCUCAGCCCUGGGGCAGAAGGUGGCAGCGGCCCUGCGGACCAUCGAGGAGGCUUUGGACCGUUACAGCCUGGCCCAGCUCUGCGUGGGCUUCAACGGGGGCAAGGACUGCACAGCGCUGCUGCACCUUGUCCACGCCGCCGUGCAGAGGCGCUACCCGGCGAGGCAGGAGAAGCUGCAGGUGCUUUACAUCCGCAUCGUGUCCCCUUUCCCCGAAAUGGAGCAGUUCAUCCAGGCCACGGUGCAGAGGUACGGGAUCCAGCUGUGCACCGUGGAGGGAUCCAUCCGCGAGGCGCUGGCGCGGCUGAAGGAGCAGCGCCCGCAGCUGGAGGCCGUUCUGAUGGGGACGCGCCGCACCGACCCCUAUUCCCGCACCCUGACCCCCAUGUGCGUCACGGACCCUGACUGGCCCCGCUACAUGCGGGUGAACCCCUUGCUGGACUGGACCUACCGGGACAUCUGGGAGUUUCUGCGCAAGCUCUUUGUCCCCUAUUGCGUCCUCUACGACAAGGGCUACACAUCCCUGGGGAGCGCGACCAACACGGUGAAGAACCCGGCGCUGCGCUACACCGACGCGCGGGGCCGGGAGCGGUACCGGGCUGCCUACGAGCUGGAAAACGAGGAAGAGGAGCGCACGUCCCGCCAGUGAAGGCCCUGCCGGGGGUGACACCGAAUAAACCAGGUGACAUGGAAUAAACCGGCUGCUGAGCAAAUCCGCCAGGCUCUGCACCUCGGGGCUCUGGCGGGAGCGGGACGGGGGGGUGACAGCAGCUCUGCGCACACAAAAGCCGUGUCCCCUCCCCGCUAUUGUGGCUUUUGAAGCGCAGAGAAUGGAGCAGGUUCCAGCGCUCGCCGGGGCCGCGCGGGUGUCACCGCCGCUGCAUCAGACCCUGCUGGUCCCUCCGCGGCCAUGCGGCGUUUUGGGAGCGCGGCGGUUUGUCCCCCGAGGCGAGCGGCGCGGCUGGCGGUGGCGCGGCCAGCGGUGAGAGCUGUGGCGUUGCCGGCGGCACUGCCGGCACCUUCCGGGGAGUCCUUGGGGCUGCGCUUGGGCUCGUGGCUGCUGCGGCUGCUGCGGGACUGCGUCUUCCUCCUGCUCUGCAGCUGGUGCGUCCGGCAGCUGCUGGAUUAGGGAAUGGGCCCCCCCGGUGCCGCGGGACCCCCCGGUGCCCCCUGCCCGCCCUGCGCCAUGGGGCCACUUGUCACCCUGUGCCAACAGAGCUGCUGAACCCCCAGCGCUGGAACCCGCCCCAGACACCCCAAUAAACCUGAGCAGCACCCGA